AUGGAACAAUUUCGCAGGUCAAAAGUCCCCGAGUGGUCAUCUCUACCGUCAGAGAUCCGAAAUGCGAUUCUGGACACAAUAGUCGAUCUACGGCUCCCAGGCUGGUCGGCUCUCGCCUCUGUGUCUAAAGAAUGGCAAAGCGUCAUCGGAGCAAGUAAUCUGGCCAAGUUGAAACUUCGAAAAGAAUCCUGCUUUAACGGCUUAAAGACGAUUGUUCAACAGAGACACCUCGUAAAGCAUAUCUACCUCAGCAUCGAGCUACAGAGUUAUUCAUGUCAUGGUUGCACAAGCUCUCCUCGGCCUAAACACGAAGACUACGACCAUAUCAUAGGUCAGGCGAUCGAUACAGUUACAUCUAUCCUUAGCACUUGGGAGACAGAAGGUCCUUUGACUUUGGACCUUAACGCAAGGUCGCCUAGUGAUACGAAUUACUGGGCUAAAAACUUUCGCUUCGACGACGAUCACGAUGCAGACGCACCUAUUCCAGAAACUGGUUGGCAUGAUCCUAUUCACGGUUGGCAGAAGGGUGUUCAGACGGACCCUCCUGAGUUCUCUGAACUGCAGCAAUUGUUCAUGCCUGUUGUCCUAGGACGCCCUGCAGAAAAUCCUCCCCCCAUCACCGCAGUGACCUGCCUGGUGAUCCGUCGCCAAUUUCGCCGUUACUUUGUACCCAGCAGUCUGGAUCCGCUCUUGGGGCGAUUUCAUCGCCUGACCGAUCUGAUCUACGAGCCAUGGCCCCUUCUUUAUACCCACGUUCACCCCGGCUACUUGAUGGAUACCAGGUACUUCAAACGUGACACAGAAGAAGUCGUAGUAUAUAUCAGAGUGGUGGGCAUGCCGUUCCCUAUCACGCUCAAACGGCUGGUCAUAUUCAGAGACGACAAUGACUUUCUACAAGCGGCAAACUUCCCACAAGAUUCAGAAGUUCAGCAAGAAGCUCAGCAUCACAUCCAGUGGCGGCAGGAUCGACAGGAUAGUGGAGUUCUGUUCGUUGACAAUGAGGUCAAGGAUAGUCGAGGCCUAGCCCAGAUAAGCUUGAAACUCGAGGAGCUGUCAGCCUCGUUUGUUGUCGAUGCAGAGGAUUUCUUCGAGUUCUGCGUCAAAGAUCGGACGUGGGAUCAUCUACGUUCCCUGGCUCUUACUUCACGUUCUCUAGAUGUUGGGAAUGCUGAUCAACACGACAGCGAUGCUCUAUUGCUCGACAUGUCGACACUUGUACUCCGGAUGCCUCUUUUAAAGACCUUUGUACUCUGGCAUGGGCGUCAAGGCGGUGCAGGUGCAUUCAUUUAUAACAGAACUGAGAAGUACGCACAUAUGGUAUGGCGGGGGACUCAGCAGUUGGACUUUAGCCCAGAAGUCCUAGAAGCGUGGAGCAAUGUUGCCAAGUUCCAUUCAUUAGAGCUAAGAGUCAGGCAUGAGAGUAUCAAAGAAAAGAUUCGGUGUCGUGGGGAUGCUAUACAUUACCUUGGCUUGCCCUGUCAGGUCAUUCAACCCACCUCGCUUUGGCAGGUCCGAAUGGAGGAAACUGCAUCCAGGGGCACUCGGUCAUGA